GAGCCUGAACAGUGGUGGUGUCUAACGUGUAAGGCACUUCCUUAGGGGACCUGAAUCUUGCUGUUCCUAUGCAAUGGAGUUAGGGAAUCAUGAAAGAGAGACCUCAGCAAGGGACACUUUAUGGAAGGAGAAACUGAAGCCCACAGAAAAUGGAGAACCAACUGAGAAGACAGCUGUGAAAGAAAGUUCUUUCCUAAGGUUCCUUUCCAGGGAAAAGGUUCCCUCUGAAUCUGGAUUCCUGAGGUUCACAUUUGUUCCCUCAUUUGGAAGAUUGCCAAGCCAAUUUCAUGUUGCAGAUGCCACAUCAUUUCUUGUGAGUGUUUCUGAGGAACCUUUGGAGAAGAAAAAUCAAGAAAUUAAAAACACGACUGAACUAGUUGCUGAAGGUCAGACCAUAGAAAGUGGACCCAAGAGAAAGAGCGAAGCCUCUGGAUGUACAAAGGAUAACCAAAAAAAUUUACAACCACCAGAGUGUAAAGCGAGCAAAAGAAAAAUGGACAAAGAUGAUCUUUUCCAAGCUGAUUUUGUCUUUGUUACGGACUCAGAUGAAGACAAAAUGGCAAUGGCAAGCAAUGGCUAUGGUCAUGCACGAGCUCAUAUUUUAGACACAUCCUGUACAUCUACAAGUAGCAAGUCAAGAGGGAAUACAUCAAAACCAUCAGACACUGAACUUUCCGACAGUUCUGCCAGUCAACAGAAACAAUGCCAGUUAACUUCUCCUCUGUCUACCUCUGGUCAUCUUUCCCAUAAAUCACCUGUUGUCAAUUCACUUUCUCCAACUAACCUAAAAAUUGAACCUGAUCUGGCUUCUACUGUUCAUCAAGCCUCUUCUGUACAAGAAUCCCACAGCCAAUGGCAGUCUGCAAAUGGAUCCACUACGCAUCAGUCCUCUACUUAUUUACAGUCCACUGCUUCUUUCAGUGUCCCAGUUUCCAUAUUGAAAAGACCCCUUUUCCCAUUUAACAGCCUUUCAGACAGUGUUCAGUCACCCUGUGACAUCCAAGCUAGCAAUCUUCAGAAAAUGGCUGAAUCCACCACUUCUUCUCUACCAAGCAAAUAUCUGCCUCCCACUUCCCAGAUUUCCAGUUCAUCAGAUACUCUUCCAAGCUCAUCCCCUCACACCCUGUCUCCUCCUCCCUCCAAAAGAUUUAAUACAUUGGCUUCACUUCCAAUCCAAAUAACAACACACUUAUUAUCUCCUAGUCCAAAGCCUCUUUCUUCCCCAUUUCAUGGUUCCUCCUCAGCUAUAAGUAGUGUAAACAAUCUCUACAGCCAAAUACCUUCCAAGGAAAAGUCUGAAAUUAGAUCCACUCUACCAACUAGGCUGUCUGUUUUGACUGCUAUUCUGAAGUCUGGAUCUUCUCCAAAGAGACCCUUUUCUCCUGCAUCUUGUCCUGCCACAUUUUCUCCCAGUUCACUAGGCUCUUCAACACUCACAAUAGACCAGAAAUGUAAAACAACACCUUCAACUCCCAAAAAAUUGCCUUCAAAUUAUUCUGUGUGGUCUGAUAAAUCAGGCCAAGAUGAAUAUGUCCUUUCAGUGUUUACUAAUGUACCAAAUCACAUGACUUCAAAGUCCAGUCCUACUUUUCGAGCCAGAUCUACAUCCCCUAAAAGUUAUCUUGAUGCUGACCUUCCUCCUGAGAAAUUACGUCCUUUAUCCCCCACCAUUUCUACCUACAGAAAAACAGUUGUCUCUCCACUAUUGCAUCCAACGAUAUGCAAUUCUUUGCCUCCUCAUGUCCCAAGAAACACUUCUCAAAUUACUUCAAAGGGGGCACAUUCUCCUGCUCACAGAAACCGAGGGCCUGAAAAGUCCAAAAAGGUUCAUACUUACUCUCCCACCUUUACCACCAAGUCUUAUCCAGUAUCUACCCCUGCUAAUAGCCAACAGGGCAUGUUUUCAACCCCUUCAGAAAAACACUCUCCUCUCUCUCUGAACUUUUUGCAGCCUUCUUGUAAAUCAAAAUUGCCACAAGUUUCUGCAAAGAAUCUAAAAAGCCAUUCACCAGUUCCUUCCCCACACUGGCCUUUAUCUCUUAAAGAUUCUACUUCAUCUAUUUCUACAGACGAUAGUGUUAGUACCCCUUCAAUACAAAUUAAUUCCUCCUCCAUUCAUGCAAGCUACAGAGCUUGCCCCUCAUUUUCAAGACCUAGGGCACCAUUAAUGCAAUCUAGAUCACCUACCAGGGUCCGUUCACCAUGUUCACUGCUGUCAUCAUCCAGGGAAUUGACUUCACCCCUGCCUUCUGACUCUAAGGUUACCCAGCCACACAAGAUCAAGGCAAGCUACAAGGCAUUUGCAGCAAUCCCGACAAACACAUUGCUUCUGGAGCAGAAGGCCCUUAAUGAACCAGAAAGUGAAGAAAGCUCUUCAGACACACAUUCAGAGAUCUGUUCCCCAGCCCAGCUGAGACAACAGACUGAAGAGCUGUGUGCAGCAAUUGAUGAAGUCUUACAGGAGCCACUGUCUAAGCAACAACAUGAUUCUUCUCCAAGCUCCUUGCAGAAGCUGCUGAUUUCAGAUGUAGGCAAAACACCUAUAACUUUACAGAGACCAGCUGGACGAGAAACAAGAUUUGCUAACCUCAACUUACGAACGCCUACAGUAAAUGAGAGUAAAAAGACAAGGCCUGGUGUUAUCCGUCCAACAACUGUGAAAGCAAAAAUAAUUUUUAAAAAGGAGGAUCCCAUCCAACCAAACCCAUUCAAAAAGUACCUGGAAGAAACCACAGAAUCCCAAACUGAACAGGUCAUUUCUCAUGCUGAUUUGCUAACUCCUGGACCCUUCAGUCAUUUGGGUUCCAUCUUUGCUGAGACUUAUGAUAAUUCCUAUAGUCCUUACCGUCACAAUACUUUGUAUAAUAAGCCCACUCAUCCAAUAGUGCCUAUUCCAGAAAAUGAAGCACUAAGCUCCAAACAGCUUCACUCUGCUGGAGUACAAAGCCAGACAGACCUGCUAGUCCACCAUGAAAACAAAGAUGGAAGCAGAGGGAGUUUUGCAGACAAUGUACUCCCCCACAGCAGGGAUCCUUCCCUACUCAGAGGAGACCCAGGAGAUUAUCCUGCUAAACCCAACUAAGGUAAAGACAUAGUUAUUGUUAGUGACAUACUUUACGACUCGAUGCCAGUUAUAAAGAACGCUUAUCAGUCUGGCACAAUGCUGGCAUGAAAUCCAAUACAGAAAUGAACCAAAGUGUUGUGCCUCAUGCUUCUCUCUUAAUUGCAAUGUACGGGUAGCACACAACACUGUUUUGAAAUGGCAAUCGGAAGCAUGGCAGCCCAAGAGCCUCAAAGUUGCAGCAACCCAGGCAAAGAUCAAUCACCAUCUCCCAAAGUGUGUGAUAAACUUCUACUGUAUUUCGCAAAGUGAAACAGCUGCUUGAUUGAGAAAGCCACGUCUAGUCUGAAAAGGAAUAAAGUUGAAAUAUAGUGUAGAACGUGUCUUGUGAAUAGUGAUGUGAAAUCAGUCUGCAUAAAUUUUCCAGUUCCAUCUGAAGGCUGAAACCAUCUGCCGACUGACAGGAGUUUUCCAUCAUUCUCAACAAUACCCCCCCCCCACCCUUUUGCUUUAUUUCUGGAAAGUAUGAAACUUUGUUUAAAAUCUGUGGAAAAUUGGGUUGGUCCUAAUAAAUGCUACUGCUUCUUCUAGUGUUUUUAGAUUAUGCCUACUGAAUUCCAGUUUACAAGCAUUUUCGGACAGAUUGUUGGCAAUAGAGAUAUCUCAGUGGAAAUACUAAUCUCUAUAUUACAAAUUUAUGCUGCUCUUUCUCCAGUUUAAGGCACUUUUAAAUGAUUCUUUAUUCUCAAUUUCAUUAUCACCUAGGUUAGGCUGAAAGACAAUGACUGGCCCUAGGCCUCCCAGUGAACUUCAUGGUGAAGGAUGGAUUUCAACGAAUCUCUUUGAGAGUCCUCAUUUGACUCGAUAGGCAAGCUAGCUGCCUGCUAAUAGAAUGUAACUUGCCAUUAGUCUGAAUGAUGUAAAAGUAGUCAUUACUUUUAAGAACCUUUCAGAGAGUCCACAGUAAUUGCUGCAAGCUUAUGCCAAUACCGAAGGAAUUUUCUCUUUUCCAUACAUUAUUUAUGGGUUAUUUUUCCCUGAUGGUAUCAGAAAUGGAAGAGCCACCUUAUUCUCCCUAAUACACUCAACAGCUUUCCUCCUACCUUAUGCUUCAGGUUUCACCUUCAGAAUAUUUUGUUUCAAGUACCACUACUUGAAAUUGCUUCUGAUGUUUCAGGCCCUCAGCUUGUUACAUGAAAGCAUACUUCAUUUAAAUCAGUGGCAUGUAGUCUCAAGUAAUGCUAUUGACACAAAUAGCAUGCCCAAAGAACAAAUGGUCAGGUCUGGUGUAUGCAAGCAUAUUAUGCAAGUUGGAGUAGGGAAGGGGUAUUAUGCAAGUAUUAUGCAAGCAUAUUGUGCAAGUUGGAGUAGAGAAGGGGUCUGAAUUUUGUCUUUCAUGAAGCAGUGAGCCAGCAUGGUUGACAGUGACUGAUUGUUGGCUGGAGUCACAUCUGCAGGGAGUCCUGUUUUUCAUGCUCAACUUGGCUUUCCUCUAAUUCAGAUCAAUAGGUAUUUCAUUCCCUGUGAUGAACACUGUGCAAAUGAAAGAAUGAUAAUAUGUAUAAUCUGGAUGCUAAACAUUUGAGUCUAAAACAGUAAGAAAAUGUGGGUUUAACUGAUCUUUUGAAAAAAGAUAUUAAAAGCAAGGGUUAAAUAAGAAA